UGAAAUGUUACUUAAAACACCACAAUCAAUUACAUUCUUGAUGGGGUAAAGUUAUAUGUAUUCCGAGUGACGUUCCUCACCUCAAACAGUGCCAGGGUUUCUGUUGCUCGAGUUCUGUGUGCCUCCUUCUGGUUAGCCUGACUGCACAGACAGUGCUUCAGUGGGGCUUGAACAGAGCUGGACGCGCAUCUCUGUUUCUCUCUUGCAUUAACUUGGUACCUGAUUUUGGGGGGGAUAAAAAAAGACACCACACACUAAGACUUGAGGGUGGAAAAAGAGGAGGAAGCAUGGACAAACAUGAAGCCAUUUUAGCACUAUGGUGAAUCAAGAAGCUGAGGAUGUUGGGAUUCAGCCCUUGUUCGGUCAGUGCUCGCACGCUGUCAGAUCAAAAUGCCCUGGGUGUGCCGGAGAUGGACUGCAGCCCCCGCAGUUACUUCCUGCCUCCGCCAGAGACGGAGAGCUGGCGCAAACACCGGCUAGGUCUGACACAGGCCUCGCACUCUUGCACACUGCUGGAACCAGACAGCCUCUCAGAAAGCAGCUACCUGUCACGCACUGCCAGCGUGGACGUGUUGUACGAGCUGCGAGCCAGGGAGGCCGACUCCACCAACCUCUUCCCCUUCGACGGCACUGCUCCCAUGGCUGUAGACCAUGACAUCCCUGUCAGCCCACAGGUCAUCAAGAGGCGCCGGGGCGGGCUAAUUGACCAGAGGGAUAUCAUCCGGGCACACGAGGCUCACAAGAUGCAGAGCACACCCCAGGCCAAGCGCAAGGAGUGGGAAAUGGCACGGUUUGGAGACGGGGUGGCCGGCAGACUUGGAUCCGGAGAUGGUGGCUCAGAACGCAGCCGAAACAGACAGGGAGUCCCGGUCUCAUCUGGAGGAGUUUCGGCAGCUUAUAAGCAGUCAAAAGCGCAAAGAGCCCGAACGAUGGCUCUGUACAACCCCAUCCCUGUCAGGCAAAACUGUUUUACUGUCAACAGAUCUUUAUUCAUUUUUGGAGAGGACAACGUUGUCAGGAAAUACGCAAAGAAGAUCAUUGAAUGGCCAUAUCCUUUUUUAAACGGUAAACAAAUAACUGAACAUGAUAUUGCACUGUCUUUAUAUUAUUUUGAUAAAUAA